AGUUGGGUUCCAGGAAACCCUCAAUUCCCUUAAAAUUACCAUCGCAUCCUCUCCCUCACUUCAGCUCGCAUCCCUCCCUCCCUCCCUCCUCUCAUCUCCAGCACUCAGCAGCGCCCUCCUGAGUCCUGACUCUCUCCGCCCUCUCUCUCAGUUAACACCAAACCCUUACCUCGUCGGAAAAAUCAAGCACCAGAUUUGCAGAAAUCACUAAACCCCCAAGUCCCGACGGACAGAGUUUCUCUCACUUUCUCCCGGAAUUCCGUUCAGAAUCCUUGGCAUUUUCCCACUAUUGCUUCCAAGCUGGCGACGGCUAACAUCAUCCCCCCCAUUUCCUCCCGUCCUUCCACAAUUCCGCUCUCACUCCAGAGCUGCAUAAGAUUUCCGCCAUUUCCCCCCAAUUCCUUCCGUUUUGCAAUUCCUUCCUCAAUGUUCUCAACUCCAUUUAUCCUCUCUUUCUCUCUUCUUUUAUCCCUUCCCAUUCUCUUUUUCUUCGUCGCUCCUGCCUUCCUUACCAGACCCCUUCCUCCCAUCCCCGUCCCUGACGAACUUGACGACCUCCGCCUCUUCCGCCGUGCUUCCUCCGCCGCCUCCUUUACUUCCCAUCUCUCUUCCUCCUCACCUAAGCUCAAAAUCGCCUUUCUGUUCCUCACUAACACCGACCUCUACUUUGCUCCCUUGUGGGAACGCUUCUUCCGCAACCAAAGUAAGUCCCUUUAUAACAUCUAUGUCCAUGCCGAUCCCACCGUCAAAAUCACGCGCCCCCAUGGUGGUGUAUUUGACAAUCGCUUCAUACCCAACGCCAAACGCACCUUCCGCGCCUCUCCCACACUCAUCUCCGCCACCCGUCGCCUCCUUGCCACCGCCCUCUUGGAUGACCCUGCCAACGCAUACUUCGCCGUCCUCUCCCAGUACUGCAUCCCUCUUCACAGCUUCCGUUACGUAUACCACUCUCUCUUCACAUCCCCUUCUUUUGAUUUAACCCGCUCGGAUCCAGAUCCUGAUCCUCAGCUGACUCAGCUCGGGGUGCGAGUGAGUUACCGGAGCUUUAUCGAGGUUCUCUCCAAAGAACCUGGGCUUUGGAGGAGGUACGUCGCCAGAGGGAAGGAUGUGAUGCUGCCGGAAGUCCCAUUUAAACGGUUCAGGGUUGGAUCUCAGUUUUUUGUUUUGACGCGUAAACACGCGCUGAUGGUGGUCAGAGAUCGUAAGCUCUGGAACAAAUUCAAGCUGCCGUGUUACAAAGCCAGCUCGUGCUACCCGGAGGAGCAUUAUUUUCCGACAUUGCUAUCAAUGCAGGAUCCAAAAGGGUACACCCGGUAUACUUUAACUCGGGUCAAUUGGACUGGUGCAACUCACGGCCAUCCAUAUGCAUACAAGCCAGCUGAAGUCUCCCCUGAGCUAAUUUCUCGGUUGAGGAACUCAACACACUCGGCUUCUUACUUGUUUGCGAGGAAAUUCUUGCCGGAUUGUUUGACGCCAUUGCUGGAUAUUGCGGAUUCAGUCAUUUUCAGGGACUGAGAUUUUUCUCCUUGUGAAGAGAGAAUUUUGAGGGAAGAUAUUGAAGUGAAAUUUGGUUUCUGAAGAGGGUAAUAAGGUGCCCAAAAGACAAGCAAGCAAAGAAAAAGACUUUUAAAGCUCCAAACUUUGGAGUCUAUAUACACAUAAGGAAUCGAAAGUUGGAUACUUCGUGGAAGGCAGCAAAAAAGUACUUGCUUUUGUUAAAGGUAUAUCUGAUGAUGAAAGAGUAGCCCAUAUUAGCAGUAGGUUCUUUGUAUUUUUCUUGAUGUGAUUUGUACAUAUUAUGCAUGAAAAUGCCAUCCAAUUGGUCUUUUUUUUUUUCUGGUACAGUAGAUGAUGGGUCAUACAAUAGAGAAUAGCCCUCCCC